ACACACUCGCGAUGAGUCGGAGGUAAUAAGUUACAAAAUUCCAGAGGAUUAAAGUCACAAUAAAAAAUAAUUCGUGUCCAGUGGCAGCGUCCUUUUAUCAUCAGCCUCGUUUACUCGAAAGUGUUACGGUCUGUUAUCGUCAGAUCGAAGUCUGAAAACUAUACUCAAUCGUUCUCCGAUAUAACGGCAUCAACGGAAAGUUCAGCCGAUCAAAUAUUCCGCGAACUGUUCCGCUCGGGCAGCGAGCAUGGCGAAAACAAGGGCAAAAAGGAGUGCGAUCUGGCGGUACUUUUCGGAGUGCAGUGAACGCGACAAAAACACAUUAGUCAAAUGCAACGCGUGCAACGCGGCGCUGCCUUUCUGCAGGAACACGACGAACUUGUGGUCCCACAUCCGCAUACACCACAGAGUUAUCUUGGACAACAUCUCGGCGAAGAAAUCCACCGGAGAACGUCCGCGGCAGAGUCCUAGCAUUUACUCUCACAACAUUGCAGCAGAUUCGAAUCGGCCGACGAUCGAGCCGACGCAAAUCCUAUCGGCCAGCUGCAACGGGGCGCAGCGAUACCCUGCCGACUCGAAGCGAGCAGCGGAGAUCACCAACGCCUUGCUGCUGAUGAUCGCCGAGGACGUUUACCCGUUCUCCAUAGUGAACGACAGAGGAUUCGUGAACUUCGUGAGAACGCUGGACGAGAACUACCAGCUGCCGGACAAGAACUCUCUGGCGACCAAGUAUCUACCGGCGCUCUACGAGUCGAAAUGCAAAGAGAUCGCGGAGAAACUGUCGGAGGCAGAGUACGUUCACCUGUCGGUGGACUCGUGGUCAGAGGGCAAUCGCAAGAUGUCCUUCGUCGCGAUCACCGCGCACUACUGCGUCCGCGGGGUGCUGCAGCAGAGCACUUUGCGGGUGUUCUACACCCUGCUGCAGUGCGGUAGCAGAAUUUACGAGUUGCUGGAUCAAACGGCUAUAGCUUGGAGCAUUAGAUCGAAGAUCAAGACGAUCGUGUACGACAGCGCGAGCAACGUGCACGCUGCGCCUGCCUGGCGCAGGAUCUCCUGCUUCGAGCACACCCUGAACACCGUCGUCCGCGACGCGAUCAAGGAGAACAGGACCGUCGUCGACGUUCUCCACAAGUGCAGGGACAUCGUCGGCGUCCUGAAGACGGACAGCGUGAUCGCGAAAGCGUCGAGGAACGAGAAGAAGGAGAGUCUUCUGAAGAGUCUCAACCUGAAGAAGGACAUCAUCGGACGCUGGAAGUCUACUUACUCGAUGCUCUGCAACAUGGUGGAGCUGAGGUGCAUUCUGUCCACGAUGCACGCGCAUCUGUUGGAGAACAACGUCGCCUGGAUCACGGAGAACGAGUGGGAAACGAUCUCUGGGACGAUUCAACUGCUGAAGCCGUUCCACGAGGCUGCCAAGGAGGUCUCCGGCGACUGUCGCGUUACCAUCUCGAAGAUAAUACCGAUCGUGCAUUGUAUUGAAGCUGCUGUGGCGAAUCAGGUGAACCUGAUGGAAGACGCCAUGUUGCUGCGAGCUAAUUUGUUGAACGAACUCGGCAUGUGCUUCGAAGGGAUCGAAGCGCAUCCUGUUUACUCGAUCGCCACGUUUUUGGACCCUCGGUACAAGAAUAUCGCGUUCCACUCGAACGAGUGCGUUGAACUGGUGAAGAAUCUGUUGACGUCGCAGUACAAGCUUCGGGAGGGUUGUAGCAAAGAUGUUGAUGGAUAUGGGAGUGCAGUGCAGCAAGGCAGAAACGAUACCGAUGAUAUUAACGAUACUUUGUGGGCGGAGUUUGAUAAGAAGGUACAGAAGGCGACAGUCGAGUCUGUAUAUUAUUUGUGUCCGUUGAAAGAUGAGUUGGAAAGGUAUCUACUUUUGAAGCCAAUUAAUAGAAAGUCCAAUCCAAUCUCGUGGUGGAACGCGGAAGGCAAAACUUUGUUCCCGAAACUUAUGAAACUGGCAUUAGAAUAUUUAUGUAUUCCAGCAACUUGCGUCUCGAACGAACAACUAUUCGCCAAAGUCGAGCAAAUCCUUUCGCAGCGACGAACACGAAUGCAAUCGAAAUAUCUCAACAUGCUCUCUAUGUUACACUUAAAUAGAAAUAAUUAAAAUUCAAUAGAAUAUUCCUCGUACCUGAAAUCCAUCCGCAGAAGCUCAAACAUUCCUAAUAUCUCUUCAUCCACGAAAAUCCAACGAAUUCAACAUUUUUCCAAUUAACCCUUAGCACUCGAAAGUUGCCAAGAAAAUUAUAAAAUUGAAAAUUCAACAUUAAAUUUUCUAUAACGUAUCAGCACAUGGAACAUUGAAGUAAAAUACUUCUGUCACUUAAUUCAUACGAGGCAUUUGUUUACGUUAGUUGCAAAAAAUAUCAUAGACAUUUGAUCAGAAAAUAAUGAAUAUUUAUCGAGAAAAAUAUCCUCGAGUGCAAAGGGUUAAUACCAAAAAUGUAAUUUCAACCCUGAUCUUUUCCUUUUGUC